CAAAUUCGUCUUGAAGAUCGGAGAUGCGGAGCUGUGUGAGGGUGGCAGUAUGGCUGCGAAUAUGAGCAUCGGCCUCUGCGAUGCUUUGGGGAGUGCGUGUGGCGAAUUGAGGGGCCGGAAGGGGCGCAAGGCGCUGGAAAGAAAUGCCGGAGCCGCUCGUGGGGGGAAGUGGAGUCAGGCGAAGAGGUGUGCUGAUGGUGUGCUGCGAUGAUUUCCGCUUGGUGCCCGCCGCGGUCGCAGUGUUGGUAUUAAGAGAGAGAGGUGUACGACUAGAGAUCUUCUUUGCUGGCGUGAGGAGUGGCUUAGUCGGAGAAGCCAGGAAAACUGUGGCGUCCGAGUUUUCCGGAGUCAGAGGACGCGGUUUAAAUGGCGAUUGUUGAAACAUAGCGUCGGUAGGAUGUCUACGCAGUGGCGAAGGCGUGAGCAUGGGUGAAUCAUAGGUUGUUCGUGGCGGGGUAUGCAUGGAAAGCAUCGCGUCUGGCAAGAAAAGGGUGGGAAGAGAAGUGGGUCCAGUCAACAAACUCCAGUCACAUGCGCGCGUCGCAUGGCAAACAAUUGACAACUUAGUCCCCCAAUUAUUACAUCUGCUUCCAUGGAGGGCCAGGCAUGACACGCAUCGAUAGUCCAUGGCCCUCCAUGGCAAUCGAAUGGCCCGAGGCUGACUUGGUCUUUUGUUAUAUAAAUAAAUUGCCAUCUUGUGGGAGACAAUAAGAUCUCUCCCGAACCACGGUCUACCAGGCUCAAAUCGGGAUGACCAAGACAGAGUCAUUUAUGGCCCAUGAAUGGACGAUGCAAGUCAUUGUUGACCCCUACCCCCCCACCAAUACCUCGAAAUCACUCGCUGGUGCGAUUCCGGCCUCUUCAGCGGUCCGGGAUGUCAAGUUCAUUUCUGAGUCAUACUCUCCCACACAAGAUCUAGCUCCCAACCGGUUAUCAGAGUACUGGAUAGGGUGUUCUGGCUCAUCUUUCCCGCCAUCUCUUUCCUCUUACCACCAUGGAUAUCUCUUCGAUCCUACAGGGCGGUUAUCAACACCCUCUCAGUCGUCAAUGGCAAAGUCGACGGCAACUGACAAAAUCCAUGCUCAUGUACCCUAUCUUCAUCACCGAUGACCCCAACGCCAGCGAUGAGAUUGCCACCCUUCCAGGUCAGCGCAGAUGGGGCGUCAAUCAGCUCGAAGGGUUCUUGGGCCCUCUGGUGAAGAAGGGCCUCCAGAGCGUAAUCCUCUUCGGUGUGCCUCUUUCGUGUCCAAAGGAUUUCCGGGGAACUCCCGCCGAUGAUGAGGAAGGGCCGGUCAUUCUCGCAAUCAAGAAGAUUCGCACCCAUUUCCCAGAUCUGUACAUCGCUUGCGAUGUUUGCCUUUGCGAGUAUACUGACCACGGCCACUGUGGCCUACUGCACAAUGACGGGACGAUCAACACUGAGCCUUCAGUAGAGCGCAUCGCGGAGGUCGCCCUCAAUUACGCCAAAGCUGGUGCUCACUGCGUCGCACCUAGCGACAUGAUGGACGGGCGCAUUAAAUACAUCAAGCGGGCACUCAUCGAUGCUGGCUACGGGAACAAGUGCACCCUGAUGUCCUAUUCAGCCAAGUUUGCCUCUGCUCUCUAUGGGCCUUUCAGAGAUGCUGCUGGCAGUGCUCCAUCAUUUGGCAAUCGCAAAUGCUAUCAAUUGCCACCAGCUGGCCGUGGGCUCGCCAGACGUGCCAUUCAACGGGAUACCGCUGAAGGCGCUGACAUAAUCAUGGUCAAACCUGCCAUGCCGUACCUCGACAUCAUUGCUGAUGCAGCCCAAUUGGCACCCGACCAUCCGCUGGCAUGCUACCAAGUCAGCGGAGAAUUCGCAAUGAUCCAUGCGGGUGCUGCUGCUGGAGUUUAUCCUCUUCGUGACUUGGCUUUCGAGUCUGUGGACGGCAUGCUCCGUGCAGGUGCGACUCUGAUUCUGACAUACUUCACACCCGAUUUCUUGGAAUGGUUGGACUAGGUGGUAGUCAAUCUAAUCAACAACUUGUAUUGCCCACAGUGUAAACCAAGUAGUAAAACGACUGUACGAAUAUGACACGUGCUUGCGUAUCGCUCCUACGUCAUCGCUUAUACUUGUCCCACUUAUACUUGUCCCACUCUUCCAUGACCCUGACGAAGAUUGCUUUCUUCGCGCUUUCUGGCGUGGUACUUGUCGGGACAGUGUACUCUGUCACGAAAGAAACGUACCUGGAUACAUCGAAUCCCUUGCUUGCCCAUCUCCCUCAUCCAUUAGGCAAGACCCACUACUGGGCCAACAAGGCCAAUCCAUUGAACGUGUACUUCAUAAAAAAGGCAUGGGCAUGGACAUCAGCUGCCUUCCUCUUCCUCUGGUCUACCGGCCCUCCCUCCGCAAGAACUUUCACGCGUCUCAGUCGUUGGUUCAUUGCUACCGCAGUAUGGCUCGUCUUCACCGCCUGGUUUUUCGGGCCAGCCCUGUUCGAGCGUAUCACCCUCGCAUCCGGAGGCGAAUGUCUCGUCAGCCUUCCGUCCGGAGAUUACGUCUCCGUGCCUCCAGAACUCUGCCACGCUCGGACUGCGGUGUCACCUGCGACGCAUCCCGCGCUCUUCGUUGAAACCGCAUCGUUCGCGUUGUCUCCAGAUUGGCUCGCCAUACCCCGUAUACGGAAAGGACACGAUGUUUCCGGACAUAUCUUCCUCCUGACGCUGUCCAUCUUGCUGCUCGCACAACAACUCUCCCCAUCUUUUUCCGCGACGCGCUGGUCCACACCACAUACCGUGGCCGCGUAUGCUAGUAUCGCUCUGGUCGGCAUCUGGCUAUUUGCGAGCUGGACAACCAGUCUUUAUUUCCACUCCCCCGGAGAGAAACUUACAGGAUACUGUGCGUGCCUCCUUCAAGUCCUGUUUAAUCUGCCACUAACGAUCCGCCAGUGCUGGGCGUCGUGUCGUUCGCAUUAACUCAGGUUUGGGGCAGCUAAUACCGUGUAAUAUGUACCAAGUCUCCAAGUGAUUGUCCCUGUGCUACAACAUUGCUAGAACAUCCAUAGGGCAAACGCCCAAAUCAUCAAAGCGGGCAUAAAUAUACCGAAAGAGUCGACGACAGUGGCCCACCAUAUUCCCUUGCGACGCAGGAGCAUGUCCCCAUCUGCACCAGGUGCAAGAUAGGAAGCAAGGUCGUGCAAAGAGGCCCAAGUUGGGAUGGAGAGCGUCAUUCUUCUCCUUCUCCCAGCCAAGACAAACGAGAAAGACCAAGACCAGCCACGCAAUGCUGUGGGCUUGAGAUUCCCUGCGACUGGCAGCACGAAUUCGGGUGAGCUCCAGUCUUCCUGGUGGUGAUCUUGGCGCUGGAAGGCGUAUUGUGGAGGGAAGAGACUAUCCUCCUCUUCAUCUUCAGGCGGGAACAACAUUGUCGGCCCCAGCACGCCAGGCGUCGCCAACGGGGUCGAUGGACGAGACGCAGCUCGCAUCGUUGGUCCAGGCGAUGCCCCGUUCGGAGUGCGCAAUGUUGAUGGCAGAGCGGAUCGAGGGCUUGAAGCCACAGGUGGUGUGAACGGAGACCAGAUGGCAGAGCUUGGAUGUAGCGGAGUGGCUGUUGCAGCACUGCUCAACGGCGAAAGGGGCACUGCGGGCAGUGGCAUGUGCCGUAGACGACGGGAUCUCUGCAAAUUGAAAAGGACCAAGAACAGAACCGUGCCGAAUGCGAAUGUAGGGUACCAGGACCCGCUCAGGGAGGUAUCGGGGAGAAGACAAGGUGCGUCUGCAAAAGACUUGCCCCCUGGCAAUGGAUCGACGACAGAAACCAAUUGGAACCCGGGUCGUCGGAUGUGGCUGGACUUGGAAAAGGAUUUUAUCGUCACCUCGUGGAUGGACAGCGGUGUAUCGGCUGGGUCGACGGUUAUUGUGUGAUUAUAUUCGCAGUAGUCUCUAUUAUCUCCGCUGGAAAUUGGGCGUAAGGAUUUUCUAGACACUAUCGUGAGGUUACGUACCUGAAAACUCCCAGUGGUCGCAGUGUUUUCAACAAAAACGCAGUGGUUUGCUUGCCCAACGUGUUCUGGAUGCACGAUCAGGUCUAGAUAAAGGAAUAUGAGAUAGCAGAAAAGUUGGUCGUCCCGCUGAGAAGAUGAUCAACAACUAGAGAUGUCGAAAACGUUGCAUAUCACCUGCGGAAAC